GCGUGACGAAUAGGCGUUCGGCCUGUCAAUCAUCAACCAACUGGAAGAAAGAAAGAGAGACUGAAACUGGGAGGAAGGUCGGGGGGAAAUCGAAAAACCCAGGUGAAAUCCAACCACCGCUAGAAGUAGAAAACAGUCUGUCUUGGAAGAGUCGGUUAUUCUGGGAGAAGACACAGACAACCUGCCCCAUGAAUUUUAAACUUUUUGAGUCUGAUUGCUUGCAGUUUGUUUGGAAAAAGAAAAUAGUAAAAAACAGCUCAUUCCUGGAGAAAGACGAUCCCCGAAGAACCAAAACACACCGAACUGCGCACACUGGAAAAGUGGAAGAUAAAGUUUACAGUCGGUUCUAGCGUUGGAGAAAGCGAUUUUGUCGACUUUGUCUGAAAUUGAUUUUUAUUCCAUUUAGGAUUGAAACUACUGCGCUGGAAUGAGUCGUGUGUGGAAUCUGUCGGUCUAAGUACCGAAACAGGAGGAGUGUCAGACUGUAGCCUACCAUCAUCGUAGUCUAGCUAGAGACAAACUUAUAUUUUGUGUACUUCAGUGUCGAUAGACACUGGACACACAAUUUUGGUUUGAAUAUAUAUAUAUUUUUAUUUUUUGUUUAACGCACACAAAAAACGAGUCCACUGCAAGGGAAAAAAAGACGUAGAAGAUGAGCGGAGGAGAUGUCGUGUGUUCGGGGUGGUUGAGAAAGUCUCCGCCUGAGAAAAAGUUGAGACGUUACGCAUGGAAGAAGCGGUGGUUUGUUCUUCGCAGUGGACGUCUCACAGGGGAUCCAGAUGUCCUGGAGUACUACAAAAAUGACCACACCAAAAAGCCCAUACGUGUCAUUGACCUGAAUCUGUGUGAGCAAGUGGACGCUGGACUGACCUUCAACAAGAAGGACCUCGAGCACAGCUUCAUAUUUGACAUCAAGACCAUUGACCGGGUCUUCUACUUGGUGGCGGACACGGAAGAGGAGAUGAACAAGUGGGUUAGGUGCAUAUGUGACAUCUGCGGGUUUAACCCAACUGAUGAAGAAUCAGGGAAACAUCCAAACCAAUCUGGCAACACAGUUGUGGAGGUGCCGCUUUUUUCAAGCCCCCCGAUGAUGGGGGCCUCCUCCGUCGGCUCCCUGCCGCCCCCCUACCAGCCCGUCAGCAUCCGACACCUGGAGUCCUCAUCCACACAGGAGGAACCCCAGGACUACCUGUGGCUGUCCAACUGUGAAAGCAAGAAGCUUGAGCCAGCCAGUCAAGCAUCAUCUUUUGCAACAGAGGAGGGUGAAGAAGAGUAUCUGCUGCUGGAAGACUUUGAGAGCAAAAAAGCCCCUUUGCCAAGCCCGCCCCACGCUGAUUCUUCCAAGUCCACGUCUUCAGAGACAGACUGCAAUGACAAUGUCCCGUCGCACAAACCCCCCGCAGCCACCGCCAUCCCAACCUCCUCCAAACCCGCUUCCGUGAAUGGGUUUUUCCCACAGCCCAUUCUCUAUGACUCCCCUCCCUCCAGGGCUGCGUCUAUCUCCGCUGAGUCCAGCCUUUACAACCUGCCCCGCAGCUACUCCCAGGACACUGUCCUCCUGCCCGCCAAGGCCACCUCCUCCCCACCUGUGACUGACAGCGAGGACAUCUAUGUGUUUAACACUCCCUCCCGCAAGUCUUCAGUGGAGACACAGCUGCGGCAAGUUUCCAUCAGCUACGACAUUCCCCCAACACCGGGUGGGAGCUCUACUUACCAGAUUCCUAGGACUGUUUGCCCCGAAGUGGUAGUGGGACAGUCUUCCUCCCUCCCAGACGUCCCCCCGCCCCGGCCCCCCAAACCCUCUAUGACAGUCCCUGAGCGAUCCCCCACCGAGACUUAUUCUGUCCCGCGCUCUGUCUCUGAAACUGACAGCAACUACUGCGUCCCCACUGGACCUGUGAAGUCACUACGCAGCAAUACAAUCGCCACAGUGGAUUCCUCACGUCUCUGGAAAGAUCAUGGUCCUCAGGAUUGCUAUGAUAUCCCAAGGACAUUUGCGACUGACAGAACUGGUUCUCCUGACCUUAACGAAAGCUUCAAUAACUACCUAAAGAACAAGGGCAUGGUGGCUGUUGUCGGCGGACUCAGUGCCUCGACCGAAGAGAUGGACGAGCAUUACGUUCACAUGAGUGCCAAUUCCCCCUCCCAUCACCACUCCGGCAGCCUCUCUGAGCCAAUCCAAGAGCCCAACUACAUGCCCAUGACUCCCGGUACUACGGAGUUCUCCUCGCUGGGGAAGCAGGUCCCGCCCCCGGCUCACAUGGGCUUCCGCUCCAGUCCAAAGACACCGCCCAGGAGACCGCUUCUCAUCAGCGACUGUCAGCCGCCCCCUGUGGACAGGAACCUCAAACCUGACCGAAAAGGUCAGAGCCCUAUAAUAAUAAGAGCUAAACCGCUUGGUUUAGAGCGAACUGACUCUCAAACCGUAGGUGAAUUCCCAAGACGAUUCAAGGUUAAACCGGCUCCCCUAGAAAUCAAACCUAUGCCAGAAUGGGAGGAAUUCCAGGCUCCAGUCAGAUCACCUGUGACCAGAACAUUUGCCCGAGACUCUUCUAGGUUCCCUAUGCCUUCGAGACCACCUUCGGUGCACAGUACUGCCUCCAGCACUGACUCCCAGGACAGUGACGAAAACUAUGUAGCCAUGAACUCUAGUCAGUCUGCAGACGAACCAAAUAUAAAACUUGGAGCACAGCUGAGUGCCGAUGGUGGAAACAGUCCGAUGGUCAAACCUAAAGGAGAUAAGCAGGUGGAAUAUUUAGAUUUGGACCUUGACUCUGGAAAAUCAACACCACCUAGAAAGAAGAAGAGCAAUGGUACAAGUAACACAUCGUCAGACGAGCGAGUGGAUUACGUUGUGGUCGACCAACAGAGAACACAGGCACUGAAAAACACCCGAGAGGCGUGGAAUGACGGGAGGCAGUCCACAGAGUCAGAGACUCCCUCGAAAGGCACAAAGUGACCAUUUACUUUUCCAGCGGUCAUAAAAUGAGACUUGAGGCCAUUGCAGGUCAAAGACUAAACGCAGAACUUGUAAUAAAACUGACCCUAGACCCAGAUGCUCAAUGGCACUCUAUUGUAUGAACUUUCGUCAAUGAAAGGAAAAAGAAUCCUCAGUGGUUUCGUUUACAGUGCUGCCUGUUUGAACUGAGUGUCCUGCAGAGAUUGAUUUUAAAACUAUCACACAUAGGAUUAAAAUUUGUAUGUAAUAUUGUGAACAUGACAAAAAAGAAUCUACCUGUUUGUUUUGCCGGAGCCUUGAAAAAUGCCAGUACAGCUGAUGACUUCAGGAACAGCGAACACUUUAUCAUAUUUUAGCUUUUUUUUUUUUUUUUUUUUUUAAAGAACAGAUUUGAAUCGGAUCAAUUGUUCUAUUUGUUUUCUUGGAUAAGGCACACGCUUUUUUCUCAUUUUGGGUAGUAUUUGUGAAUUCAUUUUAGUUUAGCAUUUAUUCAAGCCAGUGUUAUGUCAGGUUUUUGACAAAUGCAAGCCCAUCACAGCUGUUUCAGUAUCAACAUGUCCUUGAGGUGGCCUCUAAAUGCUAAUAUGAAAAUGUAAACAUUGAUUUCUUUUUUUGCUUUGUAAAUCUGCUUGUUGCCUUCCGGUUGUAGCAAAAUCUGUAAAUCUGUUAUUUCCUUGUUUUUUGCUCUACAUGUAGUUAAUGUACCAAAGUAGCCUGUGUAAAAUGUGUUAUGUAUAUUAAUGGAAGUGCCCUUUUUAAGUGUUUUAAAUGUCUGCAUUAUUAAAAUAAAAUUGUGGAUUCUGCAGGAUAGAAUCCUGCACCUUUUGAGUUGAGAGAAUGUGAUGGCAUAAGAUUUCUGAUAUGAAGCAAACCACUUACAUGAUGUAUAUACACUGCUGUGCAAAAGUCUUAGACAUGUUUCAUUUUUCUACUCUUAUGAAUUAUGAGCAUCAACAAUUUACUCCAAGCCUCCACUAGUGUUUUCUACUAUUAUAACAACCUUGACUUGCAUAAAGAAGGAAAAACAUUGAGUGAAAUAGCUCUCAUCACUCGAUUUUCAAGGUGUGGUAUCCGAAGCAUAAUCAACAAGUACAGAGAAACAUCAUCUGUAAUUGACAAACCCAGGACUGUAAGACCCAAAAAGCUGUCUAACAAGGAUAAGCAAUACUUGAAGAUAAUGUGCUUAAGGAAUAGAAAGAAGCCAAGCGUUGAGGGAUACCAAGAUCACUAGUGGAGGCUUUGAGUAAAUUGUUGAUGCUCAUAAUGCAUCAGAGUAGAAAAAUGUAACAUGUCUAAGACUAUAUAUAUAUAUAUAUAUAUAUAUAUAUAUAUAUAUAUAUAUAUAUAUAUAUAUAUAUAUAUAUAUAUAUAUAUAUAUAUAUUAGUGGUAUUGUUAACUGACAGCUGGUAAUGGGUAUCUUGCAAGCUUCCCUUUUGUUAUGCAAGGUAUCAAUCAGGUACUUCAUAAAUAGUAAUACAGCUAUCUGUUUAUAAUUUAUUAAUAAUAAGUCAUCUUUAAAACUAAUCUUCAACUUUUGAACAGUCCUGGUCCUGCAGUCCAAUUGUUGACCUAAGUAUUGCAGUGGUCCUUGAGGUGUUUUAUAACACUUUUUAAAAGUUGCUGUACAAGAUGCCUUCUAACCAGUGCCAGAUUAUUUUUGCAUCAGGAUUUUUUUUUGUUCACUCCUUACCUCUUUUUAACAGCAACCAAUAUGAUUUUGUGCAAAUGUUAAGUUUUUUCUUAAACAAGUGGUUUUAAAAAAAUAAAAAAAUAGAUAUUAACUUAAUCAGAGCACAUUUUCAGAGAUUACUAUUGUUUGUUUGUUUUUUAAAUUCUGUUUUCUAUCAUCUUUUUCUCCUGUGACUGCCUUAUCUAGACAACUUAAUACUUCUGAUGUGUCUGUAUAUAAGAAUGAUUAUUUGAUGCUUAAAAGUACUUCUUAUGAGUCAUACUGUUUGUAAAUGUACUAAAGUUUUACUAACAUCACUGUAUUUAGACAAGGAAUACCUGAAGCACAUGUAUGCCUUGUUUUGUCUAGCAGACUUAUGCGCUCACCUGUAAAAAUUUGCCAGCAUGUAUCCCUUGAAAAUUGUGCCUAUAAUGAGUUGAACUGUGUAUGUCCAAAUAGCAUACAUGUCCUCUUCUCAUGCAAAAGUUACUCAUUGCAAAGCAAACAGCAAACAAUACUGAUGCUUUGUAGCUUUUUUUUUUUUUUUUUAAUAAAAUCUAAAGACAAUUGUACAUUUUAAAGUAAAACGAAAUAAACCAGAACAUUAUGUACAGUA